AUGUUCACGAAGAAAACGAAUAUCGAUCUGAAAAAGUCGACCCUAAAAAUUCAGGACAGCAAAAAAGAUUCCGCUGCCCGUUUACGCCAUCUGAAAACGAUACUUGAGCACGUGGACAGCGAUGAAGCGAAAAAUUUGUUCGAAGCCAACUACAGCCAUGUCUACUACAUUCUCUACGACACCUUCGUCCAGGCGGAAGCUAAUCUGAAGCAGCGUGAGUUAUCGUUUCAUCUCGUACACAAAACGCACCGCGAAGAACUGGAUGGCUCCCUUUGGCUUCUGAGUAAAAUUCUCUGCCUCCUGCCGGAACUGGUCCAGAGACGAUGGCAGUGCCACUCGCUCGGCCGCAUACUGGCCAAGCUGCUGCACUACGGCAACAGUGUCAAGUUGCGCCGCGAAGGUGUAAAAUACUUUCUGCUCUGGUACCAGGCACUGGGAGACAAUGCGCCGCCCUUCGUGCACGGUAUGUUCACGGAGCUGGUACCUGGGCUGAGUGUGCCGCAGCGUGGCAAAGGACGGGAGGUGAUCGGUUUGAUACCGGGCGACAGCGAUUUUAUCGCCACGGAUAUGCUGAACCAUCCCAACCUCAAGGGUGAACUAGGUGGCUCCGUGUUUCACGAUACGACCGCAACGCAUCCGGUAAAGUCACCAGAAAUUCAACCACUUAUUCCGCCAAGCUCGAGUGAACGAACGGCGGCCCCGGACCCACGAGAUGGGCUCGAGAUCCUGCUCGACUGCAUGGUGCAAUCGUGCGGAUGUUUGAAGUGGCGUGACAACAGCCCGCAUCGCCACAUUCGCACGUUCAACUUUUUGUUGACAAAGUUCCGCGAGCAGUAUCUGCCGGUGUUCUGUCCCUCGUUCGACUACAGCACCUCCGUCUACGAACCGAAACUCGAUUUGCCGGUCGUGCGGAAUGUUUCGAAGCGCGAAGAAGUCAUGAGCUCGUGCGUGGUGGUUCUGGUCAUCUGGAUUGCCAAGUACACUCACGAACGACAUGUCAGCAGCAAACUCGAACAGGUCCUGUCGAUCGACGACGAACCGGCCGGGGUGGGUGGAGGAGCAUCGGCAGCCGCCACAGGAAUCCUUGUGUCUAACCUACGCCACCUAGGCUACACCCAGACGCAGCUGGUACGCGAUGUGCUCUACUCCAGUCGGGAAACCGUAAACUUUGUCCACGAAAUCUACCGCCAGGCAUUUCUGAUGGCCUUCACUUCGAAAUCGCAGAUCGAAGCGAUGCGCAUCGCGAUCUCGGUGUACCGUGACUGGAUGAGCAGUAUACCGCCGCCACCCUUUCUUCUCGAACCGGAACUAGAGUCUAUGGCUGUCGCGGCCGGAGACGGGACGUUUCCCUCGACACAACCUGGCGGAAUUCCGGCGAUACCGACCGGGGGUCGCCCGGGAAGUCAAAGACUGCGUACCGACUCGUACCUUGGCGCGAUGAUGCCCGGAAAAGACACCGCAGCCGGUAGCUCCAUCCGGGCGGGUUUGCAGAAUGUGCUGCAAGUGUUUGUGACGAACGCGGUGAACGUUUUCAUGGUCAGCACGGCACACCUGAAUAUGCACUUCCAGUCGAAGACGACCGGGGAUGGGUUUGCAACGCCGCUUGACGAGCAGACGGAUAUUUGCAAGCGCGUUCUCAACAUUUACCGUACGAUGGUGAUGAAAACCCGUAUGGAAGCGAAAACCUGGGAGCAGCUACUGCUCGUCCUGCUUCAGGUGACUGCCGUCAUCCUGCAAAACUCGCCCCCGAACGCCAAACGCAACAACCUCGGUGGUCGGCUGGCGCAACCCAUCUUUCAGACGCUCAUCGUUACGUGGAUUCGGGCGCACACGAACGUGCCCGUCAAUCCUGGGCUGUGGGAUCGCUUCCUGAAGGUGCUCUCUUCGCUGACACACCGCGAGGAACUGAUCGUUGAGUGGGACAAAACAAUGCAAACUUUGACGCGCGUCCUUGCGCGCCAAGUGUACAACAUCAAUCUUUCCGACCUUCCACUCGAUCGGUUGGCGGAACAGAAAGGCAAACGGAAGCGUGGAACACCUUCCAGUUGGGUGGGCGGAGGAGGAGGUGGAACUGGCUCAACAGUAUCGACAACGCAAAUGAUUAUUGGCGACGGGCGUGCAAUCGACGCACAUGCCAUUGCAGGGCAAGUGUCCUCAAGCAACACGCCUCACUCGGAUCUAACGAACGGAACUGGUGGGGCCACGGGGCGGAUGGGCGAUUCAUCAGCAGCGAGUAAUCGGAUUGUGAGCAAAUACGACGAUCACGCACAUACCGUUGCACGCGUGCCGGGUGGAAGAAGUAUUCCAGGAACACCGUCCCUGAACCGAAGCUAUAGCGAGGGAAGCCUAUUGCUGGCGGCACCCUUCCGAAAGAGCCGUGCCCGGAGACGGCUGAGAAAUGGAGGUGCAGCACGAGACCAACAACAGCAGCACCAGCCGUCAGUUGCCGCUGAUCAUUCCUUUGUCCGUAUGCUAUCCAACACGUCCACAUUCCUGAGCAUCAGCAGUGAAAACAUGGAGAUGGCUUCCUUCUCAGAAUGUCACGAUACUUCGCUUACGUCAGCAGGUGCUGGUGGAGGCAUCGGACGUCGGGCGGUAUCGUUGGACUCCGUGCGACCGGGGCCAGGUGAUGACGGAUCACAAAAGCAUGACGGUACGGCCAGUGGCUAUCGCGGGGUUGGCGAUGGUCCCGGAGGUGCUGGUGGUGGUGCUGGUGGUUCGCGUAGCCCAUCACCGACCGCUUCCAGUGGGAUCGAGAGUGGUUCGAUCAAGGACUCUCCGAUGCAGCUUGCAGACGCCCUCACGGCGGACAGCUCCAGCAUUGACACGCAGGACGAUCCACAAUCGUUUGGAGGAUCAUCCACCUCGAUGGGAGGGGGCGGAUCGACUUCGGCUGAUCGUCGUUCAAUACUGGCCGGUGGUUCAGCUCGCGGAUGGCUACCAGAUGUGGCUGCGGUCAUGUGGCGCCGAAUGCUCGGUGCGCUGGGAGAUGUGAACAAAAUUCUCAACCCAAAGCUGCACGCCCAGGUCUACCAGUACCUGGUCAGCAUGACCGAAAGUUUAAUCAAAAUUCGUAUGAAUCAGGGCAUUGCGAUCGAGGGAGGAGCUUCGGUGUCCAUGCCGCUACCAGGGACCGGUAAUCUUGUACCUCCCAUUGCCCUAGUAGCCCCGUGGUGUUACGGAGCGCUAGCACUCGAUGCGCAGUAUGCACAGGGAAAGUUGUACGCGAUGCAGUUGCUCUGUACGAUCGUACAGAGUGGAGCUAGCCUGGGCAAUGAUCAGUUGCCCCUGUUCUACCACGCACUACACCAAGCGCUCACUGGAGAGGAUCGAGCGAUGGCCUACACGGCUCUUCGCUAUCUCGGAGGGCCACGAUUUUUGAGCUUACUGCUUCCGGGCCACACACUGCUGCUGCUGGAUCUCGUGCACGCGGCUACCGUUGUGCUAACCUCGUCUGAAACUGGACCUCAUGCACCGCGGGCGCAUGUGGCCGGGUUGUUGGGCUCGUUGCUAUGUUUCCCGCGCACAUCUCUUCCCGGGCCCGUUCUACAACCGUCCGAACCACACAUCGACCUAAUGGAAUGUCCCGACCUGCAGGAGCACGUGUUGAAUGUGGUUCUACGCUGUGCUCGACGUGAACCGACGGCCAAAGCGCGGUGCAUUGCGAUCGCCUCCCUCGGCCAAUGGAUUCUGCAGAAUCUCACCAAUCCCGCCCCGACACAGCCCGACGAUGGUCACAAGUUUGCUCAAAAGGUGCCGCAUCAUUCGAGUGAUCAACCGCGAUCGCACACGACCAUCAAUCCACGCAUACGGGAAGCCUUUCAGGUGAUUCUGCAGGCACUACAGUUCAAGCAUCACACGAUUGCCCGACUGGCGUCGGAAACGUUGAAACUGUGCGCCGAGCAGGGACGCAAAAUUGAGCAGAUUGACCGGUUGCCGCAACUGAUCAUCGACACGGCCUGCCUCUCUCUUGACAUUCACAACGUGCCGCAUCCGCGCGAGGCGGACAAAACGGUGCUCACAUCACUGCUCCUGACGCUCGGUGAGCUGUGUAUGUCAUUUUCCGUCAGCACCCUACAGCAACCGAAGCACCAUGACUCGGGCGAGCCGCUUAUACUGACCGUGUUUCGGAUACUGUACAAAAUAGCGACGGGGCUGCAGAACGGGGAGCGCAUCAAGCUGUUCACUACUGACGAAGACUUCGACAUGAGCAUUGCGGUGGACGAUGUGCGUGAAAGUGGGUCUGGCGGAAGCUUUGGCGAGUCGGGUAGCCACCAGACGGCGGAAACGGUCGCCAACGGUCAAACGGCCAUCAGACUGUGCGCCAAAACCGUCGCCAUGCAUCUGAUCACCAAUCUGGGUCAUUUUCCGAUGGGCAUCGGUGCGACGAGGCUUAGCUCACUGGUAGACGAGCAGGACGAUCUGCUGCUGCAUCAACCGACUACCAGUGUUGCUAAUGGUGCUGCAGCAACGGGAUCGACCGCAGUUGUCGUUACUGGUGGGGGAACGCUUCUUCAGCGCGAGAACUCAAUUGCUGGUACACGUGGAAUCGAUUCGAUGGAGCUCGGUGCUUCGCAUGUGCUCGCUUCCCCAAAUAUGCAGCUGCUGAUGCUAAGCCCCGAGCUAGUGGCCAGUUUCAUCGAACUUCCGUCGCUAAGACUACCGGGAGGGGGUGCUACGGCUGGACUACUCACCGCCAACCGCCAAGUGCGGCUGUUACUACGUGACCUUAACGGGAAGGCUUGUUGGGAUGCUUCGAUACUAUACAAAGAACCACCAAUUACGCUACCGCCGGGCACCACAAUCGGGGAACAAGGUGAACGGAAGGUGACGCCGACAACGAGUGGUGAAGGUACCGAUCGCAACACAUUCCACACAGCGGCAGCCGUUUCACGGCACUAUGCCCAUCCGAUUAGUGCCGGAGGUGGCCAGAGUCCGGUUGGAGCGGCUAGACACUUUGCUAGUGGUAGUGCCUCGAUCGAUCCGCUCAUGUCUACGGCAAUCGGACUCCCGAUGACUCAUGGUCCGCGACAUACCCUACGCCAUCGACCGGUACAUCAGCUGCCGGUAGCGAAGGAUCUGGCCCCUGAUUUGGAUCAGUUAGAUGAUCUACUGCAAUACAUUGGGUACACGAGUCCAGAAUGUUUGGAUUGCACGGAAAUUCCUUUGAACACGGCGGGCCCUAGCCCCCUUGGAGCCGCACUGGAAGCGCAGACCAUUUCGAUUAUCCUGAAUCAGCGUACGAUCGAAGCAGAAGCCGUUGCAAGACAGCAUUCUAUGAGUGAACCUCCGGGAAUGAUGGCACUGGGCGCAUCUUUUCCCGCGGUCUCGACGGCGACUAGCACCAAUAGUUUUGGCGGUACAAGUGGCUACGGAAGUUACCCCAUGUCUGGCGCUCACUGCCAUUCGUACACCGAAGAAUCUCCUGCCCAACAAGGUUUCGCAGUGGGCAAUGGAACGCUGGUCAAAGGAACGUUGCAAGGGAGCGAUGCUUCAACGACAACAAAACCACCAUUCCAGCUCGGUCGCAUUCUAUUCAACCAGCUCGGUUUGGCUGGCUGGGAAAGGCGCAAGCGGACCCACCUACUCCAGCGUACCGACAAGUUGCUGCGCGAGCUGCGCAAUCUCGAUAAUCAAAAGUGCCGCGAAACGCACAAAAUGGCUGUGAUCUACGUUGCGAACGGACAGGAAGACAAGCACAGUAUUCUGCGCAACGCCUGUGGCAGCAGUACUUACGAAAUGUUUGUGUCGGCGCUCGGUUGGGAGGUGGAACUGGAAUCGCAUCACGGGUUUCUCGGUGGGUUGCCGCGCCAGGGUUGCGGCCAGACGGCACCCUAUUAUGCGACACCAUUCCUGGAAGUUAUCUAUCAUGUAGCAACCCGAAUGCCGACCGAUACUCCCGAGGCGAUACUGAACAAAACGCGCCACCUUGGUAACGACGAAGUACACAUCGUCUGGAGUGAGCACAACCGCGACUACCGGCGUGAUAUUCUACCGACCGAGUUCUGUGACGUACUGAUCGUGAUCUAUCCGCUAAAGAGUGGUCUGUUUCGCGUGACGGUCAAUAAGAAGGCCGACGUGCCGUGGUUUGGCCCACUGUCCGAUGAAAUGGUGGUUGGUGGCGCAUGCCUCGCAAGUCUGGUACGUGCUUCGGCCAUCAAUGCGAGUCGUGCCAAGCGUAGCUCGUUGUCACUUUAUCAGCAGUAUUACGAAGAGCGCAACAGAUCCCUGGAGACGGUGGCGCAACGGCACCGAGAAAAUACCACAUUCGAAGACUUCACCGCGCGCGUUUUCAGCCCGAUUGCGCCUCACAGUACGGUAGGUGUUGGUGCUGGGAGCGGGGGACCAUUGACUUCCGGCACGAAUGCUUCGGCUCCGCUGGCAGCGGCUCUUAUCGAUCACCACAGCCGAGGUCCUUCCAAAACAUGGAUACACCAUCCGGAAAUGGUAGCUACGGCACGGGAAGUAACGCAGCAAACCCUGGCCUCGGUAUCGCUUGAUCAACCAUCCCCUAGGCCGUUGCGCAAACUGCAUCCCUUCAAGGCGGCACCAAAAACGAAAUCACAGCAUGUUGGUACCGUUCCAGGAAACCACACGGUCACGCAUGCUUUCGUAGGUUCUCAUACCUCGUCCGCGGUCACAGUCGGCGGAGCAGGUCAUAACACCAGCGGAACGCCACCAGAAAGCCCAACUCUUCCGGGGCGUAAAAUCAAAUGAGAUUGGUGGUAGCUUCGGGCUACCACUAUCGGAUUGUCGAUGCCACAGCACCGUCAACCGUCGCAAACGUUAAACACCACAAACAAUACCACCACUGUUAGCGCUAUCAUGACCAGCAGCGGUUGCAGUAAGGACGAAGCGUGCGAUAAGUUGCUUCCCUCCAUCAUUCCAGCACCGCUCAUUGGCCAACGAUACGGUCUUACGGUGGUGGCCAGAAUAACCGCAUGCUUUUGUGGCAAAUGAGAUGACGACAGAACCGAGGGGUUGUGUAGAAGUCUCCGCCUGCACUAAUGUUUUUUUUUCUCGUUCUUUCCCACGCAUUAAUAUUCUAUCAAACAAAUCCGAAGCACUUCUACAAUGCAUUCGUAAGAGCGAAGGUAGAGCCGCGUCGUCGGAAAAGAGCCCUUUUUUGUGGAUAACAAACUUUUUAGCUUUAACGUCACCACUCUGUAGGUAGUUUAUGAAUGAUUGGCUCCUGGAAGGGACGGAGAGACAGAGUAGCGAGUUAUCGGCCGGAGAAACGUUUAUUAUAUACAACAGACGUUUAUAUAUUUAUUUAUUAACACUAUUAACAAAGCAGGAAGGCGACAGGAUCAAAGAAGAAGUCUCGAACAGAAUGGCAUAUAAGCAAUCGAAACGCAUUCGUUGUGAAAAAUGUGGUAAGAUGCAAGGAAGGGUAGUGAGAACAUUACAGUUGGAAGGUUGAGAACGAGAUGUGAAGAACUCUCAUCGAAACGAUGGUGUAAUCAUCACACAACAUGGCGUCCAUUAGUACCCCAAAUCGCAGGCGGGUACAAGUAUUUUUGUUACUACUUUUUAAUAUUUACAAUAUUAUUAUUUUUUUCGAUUACUUGACUGUUACUACUUUUUUGUGGUCUACGUUUGUUUAACACGCGCAUUACCUUGAAUUUAUUUGUCAUUAUUACCAUCGCACGCGCGGCACGAGCGUAGAUGAUAGGUUAGUGGAAAGAAAAUCAAUCGCUUGAGUAACUCCUUAGCAUGUAACGAUGCACCUUUCAUAAAAUUCAACAAAGACUGUCCCGAGCAAGAAAAUGUAUGGCUUAUGUAUUGCUUUAUUUAAAAACUCCCGACCAUUUUCUGCGAUUUGCGUUUCACUGCAUUUCAUCGAUCUUCAUCAAUCUUGAAGGGCAACUUUUCCUUCGCCUCGUGCGUUGUCGUCGGGCUAUAUAGGUUCCGUCCCACCGGCGGGAGGUUCGCGCGCUGAUAGGUGAUAGUAGACGCGUCCGGCAAAAACACCAAGCAACUUGGAGAAACUCUCCUUGCAUGAUUCGAUGCUGGACGAUGAUCUUUGCAAACAGAGCAGCAAUAUUGUAGUUAUGAUAGGAAUUGCAUUGGAACCAAAAAGCUGGUGUCCCAAAAAUAUGGCAAAAUCUUUUUUACGUAAACAUUUUUAGACAAAACUCACAUCACACACGGCGCAGCUUAGAUGGGACUUAGAUGGGCUGCGGAACGUCUUCGGGAAAAGGAUGGUAAUUGUUGGUCGGAGCAGUCGAAAGAGAGGAUCGUUUUGUGGUUGAUUUUUUCGAGAAAUGUUUUCACCGCACAUCAUGUUCAUUCCAGGCGACAUAGAAAGGCAACCACUAGUGCAUUGUGGGUUAAACAAACAAUUUUACAGUAUGUUGCUAGACACAAAAAGCAGAAAAGCAAAACCAACAGCAGACUAACGGCGCUUUAUGUGAGUUUGUUGUGUGCGGUGAUAAAAUGUUAAAUUUUGCAAUACCACUAUAGAUAUAUUUCUGCAGCAGCGUUGAUAGCCUACAACUUUUUGCUCCAUUUACAAACUUCUCUUUAUAGCAUUGCAACCAUUUCUGCAGCAGCAUUGUGCAUAUUAGCAUGGAGAUGCGAAACGUUUACAAAAUACGCAUUGAUCUGCUAACUGCUAACUAUAAAUACGAAGAUGGAAACACACAUACGCCUAUAGCCUAGUUAAGUCUUCUUCGGUGGUAUUCUCUUUGCCGCGCAGUUACAAUUGCGAAAUGAAAACAAAAGACAAACAUUACACUACAAUAAACAUCACGAACGAGCGAAGGGAUUGCACGUAA